AUGGAAAUGAGCAUAUUAGUGAGAAAUGAGUUUAUCGAUUUAUUGACCGGCAUCCAGAAAUAUAACUACGAGCGAGCAAAAUGCGAGGAUAUUAAGAUAAUCCGAGAGGAUUUUGACCGCGUACGAGACGUUAUACAAGAAUAUGAAAUCCUAUCUGAAGAUAUGCCUCUGCGCAACUGCUAA